AUGUCAGCGGACCUCUUUGCAGAAUUUGGUGCAUCUUCAACCCCAAAGGCAUCUCAGCAAAAGCAGCCUGGGGGCCCGAAUGCGACGUCGUUCGGCUUUUUUGAUGACUUCACGGCAACACCAGCUUCUACCCAAACAGCACCACAGCCUACCGCACUCGCGAGCAGCACGCAACAAGACGAUGGCGAUAAUGAUGAUUGGGGUGACUUCGAAGGCGGUGCUUCGUCUUUCGAAAAGCCUCCUCUUGUGAAACAGGAUUCAUUCGCGUUUGUAGCGGCUCAAGCGACCAGAGCACGUGCACCAACAUUGCCAGCAACCUUGGAAAACGACGACUUCUUCUCUCAUUCAACACCACGCGUCGCACAGACAACGUGGCAGAGAGCACCUAUUGUGAAAGCGAAAAAGUCCACGGAUCCUAGCGUUUUGUUCGACGCAGAAGAUGACUUUGGCAACGACGAUUUUGGAGACUUUGAAGGAACGGAAUCGGCUCCUACGCAGCCUAUUGCUGCACCAACAAGUUCUACGGGAAUAGCAGAUCUGCUCGAAGACUUGGAUUUGUCCCAACCUACGGUUCCCCCUAGCAUCCAACAGAAUGCUACAAGCCACAAGACUUCAACAUCAACCUCUCUGAAAAGCCCCAUCGGCGGGUUUGGGUCCGUAGCUCCGAAUCAACAUGCAAAAGCUACCACUGCCCCUCCAGCCCCGAAAGAAGAAGAAUCGUGGGAUACCUUCGACGACUGGGAAGCAUCUAUUCCUACCAAGGCACCGGCAAGGGAUCCCGCAAGACCGCCGCCUCAGAAGAAGGCCGACCUUGCUCCUAAGAAGACUAUUAAGCCAAAUUAUGUGACCUCAGCACCGCCCAUCUUGUCACCCACAUUCGACGAUCCGCAUCCCGGCGAGCUACCACCAACGAACGUCCCACCACCAGCAGUACUACUUACUCUAUUUCCUCCACUCUUUGCCGACGCUCAGGAGAAACUGUUCAAGCCCAUGGCAGCGCAAACGCUCCCAAUGCGCAACAAAGUGCUAGCGGAGCCCGCAACGAUUACUUACCUCGAAGGUUACAUCAUGCUAGCUUCCGUCGCAGCUCACAUAAUAGCCGGCCGCAAGCUGCGCUGGAAAAGGGACCAGCAUCUCUCGCAAGGCAUGCGCAUAGGACCCGCAUCCUCACGGGCCACUUCGGGGAUGAAGCUCUCCAGCAUCGAUAAGAGCGAGAACAUGAAAGAGGAGCGUGAAGCAUCAGACGUGGUGCGAGCGUGGAAGGACCAAGUAGGCAGGUUACGGCAUGUUGUCUCAGCCGCAAACCAGAUCAGGGCUGGUUCGUUAGGCGCGGUGCCAGAUAUCCAGGAAACUAUGCCUGUCAAGGUGUUGAAACAGGGCGAAGGUGGCGUGCCGGCGAAGGAGCCGUGUAUGCUGUGCGGCUUGAAGAGAGAUGAGCGGGUGGGUGCUGUGGAUCAGGGCGCCGAGGAUAGCUUUGGGGAGUGGUGGGUUGAGCAGGUUAAUAUGCAUCGUAGUUGUCAGAACUUCUGGGGUGAACACAAGGAUCUGCUUAGGCAGCGAUGA